UCGUAUUUAUUUUUAUAAUAUUAUAUUAAAAAUUAAUUUUUCUAGUCCGCCACAGAUCUCAGUUUAUUCCUUUUUCUCUUUGGCCAUAGCUCUCUGUCUCUCCCCUUCGCUGCUUCUCGUUAAACAAAAACACACAAGAAGCUCUCGUUCUUGACAGAACUACGACAAAAUGGGUAUGGCAGAAAACAAUCACGAUAUGGAGGAGGGGACGCUGGAGAUUGGCAUGGAGUAUAGAACUGUUUCUGGAGUUGCUGGGCCUUUAGUAAUCCUCGACAAAGUGAAGGGACCCAAAUAUCAAGAAAUUGUUAAUAUUCGUUUAGGGGAUGGAACAACCAGACGUGGUCAAGUCCUUGAAGUUGAUGGAGAAAAAGCUGUUGUUCAGGUUUUUGAAGGAACAUCUGGAAUUGACAACAAAUACACGACCGUGCAGUUUACAGGAGAGGUGUUGAAAACUCCUGUCUCUUUGGAUAUGCUUGGGCGCAUUUUUAAUGGCUCUGGCAAGCCAAUAGAUAAUGGUCCACCUAUCUUGCCUGAGGCAUAUUUGGAUAUUUCUGGGAGUUCUAUUAAUCCUAGUGAGAGAACCUAUCCCGAAGAAAUGAUACAGACAGGGAUCUCGACAAUUGAUGUUAUGAAUUCCAUUGCUAGAGGGCAAAAAAUCCCUCUCUUUUCUGCUGCUGGUCUUCCCCAUAAUGAAAUUGCUGCUCAGAUUUGUCGCCAGGCUGGUUUGGUGAAACGAUUGGAGAAGUCUGGGGAUCAGCCUGAGGGUGGCGAAGAAGACAAUUUUGCAAUUGUUUUUGCAGCUAUGGGUGUAAACAUGGAGACCGCACAGUUUUUCAAACGUGACUUUGAGGAAAAUGGCUCAAUGGAGAGAGUGACCCUUUUCCUAAACCUGGCUAAUGACCCCACAAUUGAACGUAUUAUUACUCCUCGUAUUGCUCUUACGACUGCUGAAUAUUUGGCAUAUGAAUGUGGGAAGCAUGUUCUUGUGAUCCUUACAGACAUGAGUUCUUAUGCUGAUGCUCUCCGUGAGGUGUCUGCUGCCCGAGAAGAAGUACCUGGAAGACGUGGAUAUCCUGGGUACAUGUAUACAGAUUUGGCCACAAUAUAUGAGCGUGCUGGACGAAUUGAAGGGCGAAAGGGUUCUAUCACACAAAUUCCAAUCCUUACUAUGCCCAAUGAUGAUAUUACACAUCCCACUCCAGAUCUUACCGGAUAUAUCACAGAGGGGCAAAUAUACAUUGACAGGCAGCUCUAUAAUAGACAGAUAUACCCACCAAUCAAUGUGCUUCCAUCGCUGUCUCGUCUGAUGAAGAGUGCCAUUGGUGAGGGGAUGACACGCAGGGAUCAUGCUGAUGUGUCUAACCAGCUGUAUGCAAAUUAUGCUAUUGGGAAGGAUGUCCAGGCCAUGAAAGCUGUGGUUGGAGAAGAAGCACUUUCUUCUGAGGAUUUGCUAUACUUGGAGUUCUUGGAUAAAUUUGAAAGGAAAUUUGUCACCCAAGGAGCAUAUGACACCCGCAACAUCUUUCAGUCACUUGAUUUGGCAUGGACACUGCUUCGCAUAUUUCCUCGUGAACUUCUCCACCGUAUACCAGCAAAAACUCUGGACCAAUACUACAGCCGAGAUGCAGGUAACUGA